ACAGGUCGGAAAUACCUUGGGGGGUGGCCCCCGCCUUCCAGGAGUUGGAGGGCUUCCCGUCCGGGACCGUGACCUAGAGCGCUAGCUUGUAGACGUGUCUGCGUCGCCUGCUAGGUACGCAGCAAGUAAUUUGUCAGCUUUUCUCCCAGGUGGGAGUUGAGAGCGUGGGAGCAGCGUGAGAAGUUCAGGGGAAGGGGAGAGAUUCUCAACUUGAUCGCUGAGAGUUCUUCGGAGCUUGGUACAGUAAUCAAUCCAAGCGCUGAUUGAUUUGCCGAACUCCGACCAAGAGGGGGUUAGUCAUAAGGUGACGGUGAUACUCUUCCAGACAGACGGUUUCAUUAAUCUCAACCAUGAAGUGUGUGUGUGAUGUGGGUAAGGAAAGUAAAAGAGGGAACCGCGAGAUGGAUUCAACCUUUACAAAGCGUCAGAGGUUUACCAUGAAGAUUGAAAGGGGAGUGCCAAGUGGCUGGAGAAAUUCAGCAAACACCUCCUGUGUGUUAGCCAAGAGGGAGACAUGGCGGGUGCCACAUCUAUGUGGGCUUCGUGCUGUGGGCUGCUGAAUGAAGUCAUGGGAACUGGUGCUGUCAGAGGCCAGCAGUCAGGAUUUGCAGGAGGCACCGGCCCCUUCAGAUUCACACCAAGCUCUGAUUUUUCCACCUACCCACCUGCAGCCACGGAAGGGCCUAAUAUAGUUUGCAAAGCGUGUGGACUUUCAUUUUCAGUCUUUAGAAAGAAGCACGUAUGUUGUGACUGCAAGAAGGAUUUUUGCUCCGUUUGUUCUGUCUUACAAGAAAAUUUCCGCAGAUGUUCUACUUGUCACUUGUUACAAGAGACAGCCUUCCAGCGCCCUCGGUUGAUGCGGCUGAAAGUGAAGGACCUCCGGCAGUAUCUCAUUCUCAGAAACAUCCCCAUAGAUACUUGUCGAGAGAAGGAAGACUUGGUAGACCUGGUACUGUGCCAUCAUGGACUUGGCUCUGAGGACGACCUGGACACGAGCAGUCUGAAUUCCUCACGGUCCCAGACUUCCAGCUUUUUUACGCAGUCAUUUUUUUCAAACUACACAGCUCCCUCUGCUACUGUGUCUUCCUUUCAGGGAGAGCUUAUGGGUGGAGAGCGGACCUCCAGGUCUGGACUGCUGGCACAGGUACAGAGUGAAAUAGCUUCAGCAAACACAGAGGACGACGACGACGACGAUGACGACGACGACGAUGACGAUGAUGAAGAUGACAACUUGGAGGAGACCCCUGGCCUCUCUAAGAAGAGAGUGAGAGCCUCGCUUUCUGACCUGUCAAGCCUUGAGGAGGUGGAAGGGAUGAGUGUACGCCAGCUGAAGGAAAUCUUGGCUCGGAAUUUUGUCAACUAUUCUGGCUGUUGUGAAAAGUGGGAGCUGGUAGAGAAAGUAAGCCGGCUGUACAAAGAAAACGAAGAAAACCAAAAGUCAUAUGGUGAGCGGCUGCAGCUGCAGGACGAGGAAGAUGACAGCCUGUGCCGCAUCUGCAUGGAUGCCGUCAUCGACUGUGUCCUGCUGGAGUGCGGGCACAUGGUCACCUGCACCAAGUGUGGCAAGCGCAUGAGCGAGUGUCCCAUCUGCCGGCAGUACGUGGUGCGGGCAGUGCACGUGUUCAAGUCCUGAAGCCAAGGCUCUCCUGAUGGGACAUGUGCCCAGACUGCCCCAGACAUUUCAGUGCACACAGGGAGUUAAACCUACUGUUCAAAGGCAGCAGCUUUUUAAAAAAUUAUUUUCAUUACUGAAUCGGAACAGAAAGGUUCAUCCUGGGGUCAAGAACCCUUGGUCCUGUGCCACCAGCCUGUCUGCCUGUGGACAUGGGAGUGUCUCUGGGUCUACCGGGCCUUCUCAGCCCCCAUGAGCACUGACGGUUGAAGUCAGACUGUUGACUGGGAGGACACUUCCUGUGUUCUAUUUUCCCUUCUUCCUGUGUUUGAAACUGUUGUUCUUUUUGGGUGAGAUGAGCUCACUGCCCACAGUGGCUAACAAGGACGAGCUGAGCAGCAGGCCGCUCCAAAUGUUACUCUAUUAGUCAUGUAUAUUUUAAAUGCUAGUAUUUGAUGAAUGUAAGUUUCCACAUUGUUGCUAUUUCUGCAUUUGAACAUAAGUGGGGACGACUGACAUUCUAUAGUCAACUGCCAGGGCCUUAGACUAAACAUGUCCAUUUCUGUUCAGGUACAGCUUUUUAUAGCAAGGGCUGCGUCUAGCUUCUUACAAGUAUGUGUGCUAAAUUCCUUAUUAAUGUGUAAUCAGUUUACACUGUUUUGUAUAGUGAAGGUGUAUUUUUAGUGCUACCUGCUGGCUAAUUUCAACUUUAGGAAUAAAAUUAGAUUCAAAUGAUGCUUUAGUUUAUAGUCAGUUCCUAACUCACUUGCAUAUGGCACAAAGGGGCACGUGCACUCUGGCCCAGCACCCUAUUGCAGAAGAGCUGGGCACCUUGAGAGACGUGGCAGACCAGUGCUGCUCACCACCAUGCUCAUCACAUGUACCGUGGCCUUCUGCAGCAGCCCUCAGUGUCAUUCUGAAAUGGAGAACGCCUGACUUUG